GAUAGGUCUUCACGUCGUCCUGCAGAAGACUCGGGACACGAGGACCGGACAGUCUACACGUCAGAUCGCCACCGUCGUGCUGAUAGGGAGCGGGACGUCUUGGCAGUGGAGUCUUCACCACCAGCGUCUCGUCGCCAACACAGAAGCCGUAGCCGUGGUGGUAUCGAGCGCUCCCGUAGACGAGACAGAAAUGAACUGGAAGAUGUGGACUCCCAAAAGCCCACUGCUGCCGAUUACGCUUCCAGAUAUCAGCGAAUGGAGAAUGGUGGCAUUGGCGAAAGAGGUCGGAGGGACAGGAAUCGGGACGAAUAUGAGCAUCGGCGCCAUGAGGAUGAACGUUUCAGAGAACCUAGGCGCCAUCCUCAACGUCGAGAGGCAGAAGAUUUCAGGCGUUCAUCACACAGUCCCGAGGGACCUUCUCCACCACCUCAGUCGAAAGCUAGACACGGUAAGCUUUAUGCCUAUCACUUGUGUAUCU